CUCCGUACGGCGCGGGGGGCGUGGCCCAAGAUGGCGGCGCCCUGAGCGGCCCGGCCGAGCCAUGGCGGCGCCGGGAGAGGCGCCGGGAGAGGCGCUCCGGGCCGUGCUGCGGCCCAGCGGGGCCCUCCCGGCCGAGGCCCUCCCGGUGCGCGGUUACGACUUCUCGGGCGGCGCGGACCACGCGGCGCUGCUGCGCUCCUUCCGCACCACCGGCUUCCAGGCCACGAGCUUCGCGCAGGCCGUGGCGGAGAUCGAGCGCAUGAUCGCGGCCAAGCUGGAGCCGCUGAGCGCGGAGCAGCGGGAGCGAGCGGCCAUGGCCGGGCCGCGGGAGCCCUCGGGCUGCACCAUCUUCCUGGGCUUCACCUCCAACCUCGUCAGCUCCGGCGUCAGGGAGAGCAUCCGAUACCUCGUGCAGCGGGGCAUGGUGGACGUGCUGGUGACCACGGCCGGGGGGGUCGAGGAGGAUCUGAUCAAGUGCUUGGCCCCCACCUACAUCGGGGACUUCCACCUGCGGGGCCGGGACCUGCGGGAGAACGGCAUCAACAGGAUCGGGAACCUGCUGGUGCCCAACGAUAAUUACUGCAAGUUCGAGGAUUGGCUGAUGCCCAUCCUGGACAGGAUGGUGGACGAGCAGGACACGCAGGGCGUGCGGUGGACGCCGUCCCGGAUGAUCGCCCGGCUGGGCAAGGAGAUCAACAACCCCGAGUCCAUCUGCUACUGGGCCCAGAAGAACAACAUCCCGGUGCUGAGCCCCGCGCUCACCGACGGCUCCCUGGGGGACAUGAUCUUCUUCCACUCCUACAAACGCCCGGGGCUGGUGCUGGACAUUGUGGAGGAUCUCCGCCUCAUCAACACCCAGGCCAUCUUCGCCCACAAGACCGGCAUGAUCAUCCUGGGCGGGGGCUUGGUCAAGCACCACAUCGCCAACGCCAACCUGAUGAGGAACGGCGCCGAUUUCUCCGUCUACGUCAACACGGCGCAGGAGUUCGACGGCUCCGACUCGGGCGCGCGGCCGGACGAGGCCGUGUCCUGGGGCAAGAUCCGCAUGGACGCCACCCCCGUCAAGGUUUACGCCGACGCCUCGCUCGUGUUCCCGCUGCUCGUGGCCGAGACGUUCGCCCGCAGUGCUGAGGCCUUUGGGGGGCCUGAUGGGACCCCCGAGGUGUGAGGGACCCCUGGGAUCUGGGGGACCCCCAGGAGGGACCCCCGAGGUGUGAGGGACCCCCAGGAGGGACCCCUGAGAUCUGGGGGACCCCCAGGAGGGACCCCCGAGGUGUGAGGGACCCCUCAGGUGGGACCCCUGGGAUCUGGGGGACCCCUCAGGAGGGACCCCUGAGCCAUGAGGGACCCCCAGGAGGGACCCCUGAGCUCUGGGGGACCCCCAGGAGGGACCCCUGAGACCUGGGGGACCCCCAGGAGGGACCCCUGAGCCAUGAGGGACCCCCAGGAGGGACCCCUGAGACCUGGGGGACCCCCAAGGCCUGGGGGACACCUGAGGUCUGAGGGACCCCCAAGCUCAGCUUUGGAUGUGCUGAGCCCCCCUGACCCCUCAGGAAGGUGGGGGACACUGGGGUGAGCCCCCCUGACCCCCUCAGGAAGGUGGGGGACACUGGGGUGAGCCCCCCUGACCCCUCAGGAAGGUGGGGGACACUGGGGUGAGUCCCCUUGACCCCUCAGGAAGGUGGGGGACACUGGGGAGAGCCCCCCUGACCCCUUAGGAAGGUGGGGGACAGUGGGGUGAGCCCCCCUGGGGGGCACAGGGUGUCUCCCCCCCACUCCUGCACCCCUGUCCGUGUGUCCCUCUGUCCCCCCUCCUUCCCCUCCAUGCCUGUGUUUAUUUAUUCGAGCUCCCAAUAAAGCACGGCAGGGUCUCCA